GGCUUUCCUAAUUUGAUUAAGGCAAAAUAUCGUUAGUGAUUGUUUGAAACUAUCGAUAUCUUAGAACGUUGAUAGUAUCGAAAUGUCCUGAACCACAUGGCCGCGUUUGAUUUUGACCAUUUAGUGUAUGAAUUAUAUGUGUACGUGUAGUGUUGGUUUGUAAUAAACUGUUUUGAUAGACAGUAACAAAGAAAUGGCCGAAACGGACCAGAAAGACAUUAAUGUUAUUAGGUUUACUGAUAAUGCAUGUAAAAGUAUUCAAGUUGACAAAUUGUUAGAUUUAUAUCUUGAUUUGGGGACUCUUUUAGCCAUUGAUACAAACGACCUAAACAACAAAGAGUUACAAUCAAGGAAAGAUCAAUAUUUAAAGUCAUUAGCAAGAGAUAAUACACAAAUUUUAUUGAAUUCAAUCUGGGAAUUACCUACUGAAAAGGUUGAGAACAAUAUUGUUGCCAAAUUACCAAAAUCUAAAUUCAUUUUGCCUCGAGAGAAACCUGCCCCAAAGCCUAAACCUCUGACUAAAUGGCAAACUUUUGCUAAGGAAAAAGGUAUUAAAACAACCAAAAAAUCGAGAGUUACUUGGGAUGAAGUUUUAAAUAAAUGGGUUCCAAGAUAUGGUUAUAAGAAAACUAAAGCUGAAAAAGAAAAGGAUUGGAUUAUUGAAGUUCCUGGUAAUGUUGAUCCUUAUACAGACAUGUUCGAAAAAAAGAGCACCAUUAAACAAGAAAAAGUUGCUAAAAAUGAGUUUCAGAGAUUAAGGAAUAUUGCUAAAGCUAAAAAAACAAAAGUUCCAUCUAUGGGUCUUCCUCCAACCCCCAAAAUGACUGCAAGACAAUUAAAUACUGCAGCCCAGGUAGCAAAUAUUUCUACUGCAUCAUUAGGGAAAUUUCAACCUAAAUUGAAAAAAGAAAAAACAUUGAGUAAAUCAUCAGUACUCAAUUUAAAAAAAAGAAAACUUCCUGCUCCGACCAAAGAUGAAGAGUACAAUCGAAAUUUAAAAUUAGCAGACUCUCUUAUUAACAAGAAGCCAAAAUUAAAUUUAGAGAAAGCUGUUAAUCGUGAAAUUUUUGAUCAGGAAACAUCAAUUUCCGAAAGGAAGAAAGGAGGAGGCAAUAAACAAAGGAAAAGAAGAAAUAAUCAAAAUUCAAAAGCUGGCAGAGAGUUUAAAAAAACCACAGGAAAAAAAAGGAGAUAAGCAGUUUUUUAUGACAUUCUCUUUAAAUUUUUAUAUUUGUGAUAAAUGUUUGUAAAUAUUUAUGAUAAGAUGGAAUAAGAAUUAAACUGUUUAUAUUCAGUUAAAAUUACACCAGGUUACAAAAAAAAAAAAAAAAAUUGUUAUUUUUUCAUUUAUCAUUCCUAUAAUUUCCAUUUCUAAAAAUGUAUGUGCAU